AUGCUGCUGUCCAGAUGCGUGCGAUCAGAGAUGCGUAUGGCGUACCUCAUGGUUGCCAGUUCGCUGGAUGGGGAUCUUCAAGAGAAAAGGAUGACACCACUCGCCGUGCUGACUGAAGAUAAGAUGGCUGCCUUGCCAUUGGCCACUGCUGAAGCAUGUGAUGCUAAUGCUGCUCUAAUUAUGAAUGGUGAUCUUCGUGCUCUCCAACCUAUCUUCCAAAUCUAUGGAAGGCGGCGGAUUUUUGCUGGCCCUGUUGUGACACUGAAGAUCUUCGAGGAUAACGUUCUGCUCCGUGAGUUCCUUGAGGAGAAAGGUCACGGCAGGGUCCUGGUGGUUGAUGCCGGUGGGAGCAUGCGCUGUGCAGUUUUGGGUGGCAACCUUGCCCAGCUGGCGCAGAACAACGGGUGGGCUGGUGUCGUGGUCAAUGGCUGCAUCAGGGACGUCGAUGAGAUAAAUGGUUGUGACAUUGGCGUCCGGGCUCUGAACUCACACCCUAUCAAGUCAAACAAGAAGGGCGUCGGUGAGAAGCAUGCUCCUGUGACCUUUGCAGGGACUAGAAUUUGCGAUGGAGAAUGGCUCUAUGCCGAUUCUGAUGGCAUUCUUAUCUCAAGAUCAGAAUUGACUGUGUAG